AGGGAGGGCUCCCAUCUUCUGGCCCAACCCGGGAAGUGAGGUGGCCCGGUUCAGUCGCUCCCCAGAGCCCCUCCGGGGAAGUCCCUGCGGGUGCGGCACCGCCUCGCUUGAAUCCGUUUCACGGCAGCGGGGCGGGCCGGGGGAGAGGGUGCGAUCAGCCAGCCGGGGGCUCGAAGGACGCGCCCCGCGCCCCGCGCUCCACCCAGGCUGCGGCCGCGCGGGGAGGAAGCGCGCAAAGGUUGAGUGUAGUUUCCCGUUUUGCUUUCUCGGCAGCGCAGCCCCAACAGGCAGGCGGUGGGCGGAAUGCCGAGCCUCAGUAGGGAGGGGGUCGGGAGCCACAGAGGUUAAAACCGGCGAUCUCCCCCCGCGCUUACCGCCUCCCCAAAACCGUCCACCGCGCUCGCCAUGGGCAGCCGCGACCACCUGUUCAAAGUGCUGGUGGUGGGGGACGCCGCGGUGGGCAAGACGUCCCUGGUGCAGAGGUACUCCCAGGACAGCUUCAGCAAACACUACAAGUCCACCGUGGGAGUGGAUUUCGCUCUGAAGGUUCUCCAGUGGUCUGACUCCGAGAUGGUGAGGCUGCAGCUGUGGGAUAUUGCAGGCCAGGAGCGCUUCACAUCUAUGACACGCCUGUACUAUCGAGACGCCUCUGCCUGUGUUAUUAUGUUUGAUGUUACCAAUGCCACUACCUUCAGCAACAGCCAGAGAUGGAAACAGGACCUGGACAGCAAGCUCACUCUGCCCAAUGGAGAGCCUGUGCCCUGCCUGCUCUUGGCCAAUAAGUGUGACCUGUCCCCUUGGGCAGUGAGCCGAGACCAGGUUGACCGUUUCAGUAAGGAGAACGGUUUCACGGGUUGGACAGAAACAUCAGUCAAGGAGAACAAAAACGUUAAUGAGGCCAUGAGAGUCCUCAUUGAAAAGAUGAUGAGCAAUUCCAAAGAAGACACGUUUUUGUCCACCCAAGGGGACUACAUCAACCUCCAAGCCAAGCCUUCCUAUAGUUGGGGCUGCUGCUAGUCGUGUUUCACCUGCUUUCCCUCCAGGUUCCAGUUCCUUCCCUUCGGCUGCCCAUCCAGCAGUUGUAUUAAGUGCAUUUGAACUGUCUCCUGCUGACUGUCCAGUAAGGAAGGCCGUCAUCACUAAGAAAAGACACCUGGGACCCAUGUGCUUUUCUGCAUCUCCUGAAACUUGGUUCUCACUUGCUGCUGACGCAUGUGGUCCGGUCAAUGCCUUCCUGCUCAUCCCCUUUUUAUCGGACUUACUGGGGUGACACUGGUUAACCAAAUAGGUAUCAUGUGCUCAGUUCUACAAGACAUCAUCUGUACAGCUAGUGCCUUUUGUGUAAGAAAGGUCAUCUCAUCACUCCAUUUGUGAUCUGGGAUUUUGUGGGUAGGACUAGAAACCAGUGUCUGUGUUAUAAGGAUCACAAUUCUCAGCUGCUUUUGAGUUUAUUUUUCCAUCUGAUACAUAUUGAGAUAUCAAUCUGAUAUGACUUCAGAUUGAGAAGAAAAUGAAAUCAAAGGUCAUUUCCCUUAUAGGUCAUGAUACUUUCUGUUUUGGACUUUCAAUUUAAAGAUCUGAUUCUGA